AUGUCUGGGACUUACAAGUUGCUUGGCGUUUCUCUUCUCUUUUUUAUACUUGUAGUUCAUGCAAAGGAUCAAGCAGGCUUCAUCAGCAUAGAUUGUGGGCGACUAAAUAGUUCAAGCUAUAGUGAGGGGACAACAGGCAUAAUUUAUGUUUCAGAUACCAGCUUCAUAGACAGUGGUGAAAGUAAAUUCAUCUCCUCAGAGUACAAAGAAGACUAUCAACAGCAGCUCUGGUCUCUAAGGAGCUUCCCUCAAGGAACUAGGAACUGCUACAAAAUAAACAAUAUUAAAAAUGGUACUAAAUAUUUAAUCCGAACAUCUUUUUUGUAUGGAAACUAUGAUGGUCAAGGCACUUUACCAGAAUUCGAGCUAUAUCUUGGAGCUAAUAUGUGGGAUUCUAUAAAGUUGGAAACUGUAGGCAGUUAUAGCCUAGUGAAGGAGAUAAUACAUAUUCCACUGCAGAACUAUAUAGAUGUUUGUCUGGUCAAUAUAGGUUUGGGAACACCAUUUAUAUCAUCGAUAGAAUUACGGCCUUUGAGUCUUUCAUAUUACAAAACUCAAACUGGAUCCUUGGCGCUACUCUACCGGUGGGACACUGGUCCAAAAGGUAAUAGAGGGUACAGGUAUCCUAGGGAUGUUAAUGAUCGUUUUUGGUAUCCCUAUCAUCGCGAAGAUUGGACAAACAUAAGUACCUCCCUCACUAUUGAGCCUGAUGAUGAUAUAUACCAACUGCCAUCAGUUGUGAUGAGCACUGCUGCCACGCCCAAAAGUGAAAACGGUUCCUUGGAAUAUUGGCUGCCAAAAGAUAAUAAUAGUGCCCGAUAUUAUGUGUACUUGCACAUUGCAGAAGUGGAAAACCUUCAACCAAACCAGUCUAGACGAUUUACAGUUUCUUAUGGUGGAGAGGUGUUUGAGCCCAAAUCUCUUGUUUUCAAGCAAUCAACCACCCUGUUUAGCCGUAGUGGUCAUGUUGGAGGACAACCCUUUAUAAUCUCUAGGACCCCCAAUUCAACCCUUCCCCCUAUCAUCAAUGCCAUUGAGGUUUAUGUGGUCAAACAGUUCUUGCAGUCAGACACCCUUCAAACAGAUGCUGAUGCCAUGACAAAACUCAAGUCAACUUAUGGUGUAAAAAAAAAUUGGCAAGGGGAUCCAUGUGUCCCUGAACUUUACUCUUGGGAAGGUCUAAACUGCAGUAAAGAUGGUUAUGAUCCCCCCAGAAUCACAUCCUUGAACUUGUCCUCAAGUGGGUUAACUGGGGAGAUACCUUUUGCAAUAUCCAAUCUCACUAUGUUAGAAGUUCUGGAUCUGUCAUACAACAAUUUUACAGGAUCAGUGCCAGAGUUUUUAUCUAAAUUGACAAACUUAAGGAUCGUAAACUUGGAGAAAAAUAAUCUCAAUGGAUCAGUUCCAGUUCAACUAAUAGAAAAAUCCAAUAACGGUACCCUAGAAUUAAGUGUGGGUCAAAAUCCAAAUCUCUGUGUAUCGGUUUCAUGCGGAAAGAAGAAGAAGAAAAAUGCUGUAGUUCCAGUAGUAGCAUCGGUUAGUGGAACCUUUGCUCUCUUAGUGAUGGUGGCAGCAAUCUACUUUGGUGUUAAACAUAAAAGGAAGCUAAAACAUGCUGAAAGAUCAACAACUCCAUACAGUUCAUUAGAGUCGAAAAAAAGACAAUUCACAUGGUCCGAGAUACUCAGGAUUACCAACAAUUUUGAAAGGGUUCUUGGUCAAGGUGGAUUUGGAACAGUUUUUUAUGGCUUAACAGAUGGCACUGAAGUAGCUGUGAAGGUGCUUUCUGCUUCAUCAGUUCAGAGGUAUCAACAAUUUCAUGCAGAGGUCAAUCUUCUCAUGAGAGUUCAUCAUAGAAAUUUAACAAGCCUUAUCGGAUAUUGCAAUGAUGGAACUAAUGCAGCGCUCCUCUAUGAGUACAUGGCCAAUGGGAAUUUAAAGACUCAUAUUUCAGGUUCAGCUGCAAAUAAAAUUUCAAUCAUCUUGAAAUGGGAAGAUAGACUCCGAAUAGCACUUGAGGCGGCACAAGGACUGGAAUAUAUGCAUGCUGGUUGUAAGCCUCCUAUAGUCCACAGAGAUGUCAAAUCUACAAAUAUCUUGUUAAAUGAAAACUUUCAAGCCAAACUAUCUGAUCUUGGCCUAUCCAAAUUAUUUCCCGCUGAUAAUCAGACUCACGUAUCGACAGUAGUUGCUGGCACUCUUGGAUAUUUGGACCCUGAGUACUACAUGUCAAAUUGGUUAAAUGAGAAAAGUGAUGUUUAUAGUUAUAGAGUUGUUCUUUUGGAGAUAAUAUCUGGCCGACCAGCAGUGGCUAAGACUCAUGAAAAGACUCAUAUAAGCACAUGGGUCAGUUCCAUGCUUGCCAAAGGAGACAUCAAAAGUAUUGUGGAUAGGAGGUUACAAGGAAACUUUGAUACAAACUCUGUCUGGAAAGCUGUUGAACUAGCAAUGGCAUGUGUAUCCCCUGCUUCCACAAAAAGGCCAAUGAUGAGUCAGGUUGUGGCAGAACUAAGGGACUGCUUGGCUGCAGAACGGGCUCGUGGAUGGAAAAGCCAUGAGAUUUCUGAUUCAAUUGAAUUGUCAUCUUUAAAUAUGACAACUGAGCUCAGGCCCGUGGCUAGGUAG